AAACACUAACGAUGGCGGCGCCGGGCAGCGACUGGUUGCUGUCUUAGGGAGGGAGAGAUCGCUUGACGCGUGAAGGGGAAGCUGUGAAGAAAACCAGUCGACACCAGUCCGACAGCUUUUUUAGUUCUGGGAUCUCAGAACCUCGUUAGCGUGAGGUAUCUCUCUGCGACCUGUGCUGUCACUGCCGCCCGGGAGCGCGGAACCCUCAGCCGGGAGGUGCGGUUGGCCGGCCCCAGGCCCCGGCCUCCGGAAUGAGAGCCCGGAGUCACUCUAUGUGCCGUAGCUUCACAGGUUCCAGUAGGCAAUGGAAACUGAUCUCAGUUCCCAGGACAGAAAGGACCUGGACAAGUUUAUUAAGUUUUUUGCCCUCAAGACUGUCCAAGUGAUUGUCCAGGCUCGACUUGGAGAAAAGAUUUGCACCCGUUCAUCAUCUUCCCCGACGGGUUCAGAUUGGUUCAAUUUAGCAAUCAAAGAUAUCCCAGAAGUCACCCAUGAAGCAAAGAAGGCCCUGUCUGGGCAGCUGCCUGCUGUGGGGCGAUCUAUGUGUGUGGAGAUCUCACUCAAGACUUCUGAGGGAGAUUCCAUGGAGUUGGAAAUUUGGUGUCUUGAAAUGAAUGAAAAGUGUGACAAAGAAAUCAAAGUUUCCUACACUGUAUACAACCGAUUGUCACUGCUGCUGAAGUCUCUCCUUGCUAUUACGAGGGUGACACCAGCCUAUAGACUCUCCAGGAAGCAAGGGCAUGAAUAUGUAAUUUUGUACAGGAUUUAUUUUGGAGAAGUUCAACUGAAUGGCUUAGGAGAAGGCUUCCAGACAGUUCGUGUUGGAACAGUGGGCACCCCCGUGGGUACCCUCACUCUUUCCUGUGCUUAUAGAAUUAACUUGGCGUUCAUGUCCACCAGGCAAUUUGAGAGGACCCCACCUAUCAUGGGGAUUAUCAUUGAUCACUUUGUUGACCGUCCCUAUCCCAGCUCCUCUCCUAUGCACCCUUGCAAUUACAGAACUGCUGAGGAUGCUGGAGUCGCAUACCCAUCAGUGGAAGACUCUCAGGAAGUGUGUACCACAUCUUUUUCCACAUCCCCUCCCUCCCAGCUGAUGGUUCCUGGGAAGGAAGGUGGGGUGCCUCUUGCUCCCAACCACCCUGCUCAUGGUGCCCAGGCUGAUCAGGAGAGACUGGUGGUGCACAUGCCUUCUGAUGGAACCCACUGUGCAGCCACACCCUCCAGCAGUGAGGACACUGAGACUGUAUCUAACAGCAGUGAAGGACGGGCCUCACCCCAUGACAUCCUGGAAACUAUCUUUGUCCGAAAAGUGGGAGCAUUUGUCAACAAACCCAUCAAUCAGGUGACACUGACGAGUUUGGACAUACCCUUUGCCAUGUUUGCUCCCAAGAAUUUGGAGCUGGAGGAUGCUGAUCCUAUGGUGAACCCUCCAGACUCCCCAGAGACCACGUCUCCCCUCCAUGGCAGUCUGCACUCAGAGGGCUCCAGCGGGGGCAGCAGUGGCAAUGCACAUGAUGACUUUGUCAUGAUUGACUUUAAACCAGCUUUUUCUAAAGACGACAUUCUUCCAAUGGACUUGGGGACCUUUUACCGUGAAUUUCAGAAUCCCCCUCAGCUGAGCAGCCUCUCCAUAGAUUUUGGAGCUCAGUCUAUGGCAGAAGACUUGGACUCCUUACCAGAGAAGCUGGCUGUGCAUGAGAAGAAUGUCCGAGAAUUUGAUGCCUUCGUCGAAACCCUGCAGUAAAAGUGUCCCGAGUGUCUGCAGCAUCCCCUUUCUGUGGACUCAGCAGAGAACCUCGUCUUCCUCAGCCUCUCCCCAGCCUCCAUGCUGUUUCUAGCCAGGUGAAAGACAGGGUGGUUCCCCUAUGGGACUUAGAAGUCUCUGCUCUUGGACUUCCUGGACUCAUAGCAGCAGUCAGGCCCAAUGGCAGGCUUGGGGGGAGCUGGCUGUGACAGCCUCAGCAAGGACUGUCCGCAGCACUUCACCAAGGGCGUCGUCUGCUCUUCCCUGCUGCCAGCCUCCUGCCUGGGUCUACCCGAGGCCAGCCCUACCUGCCUGUCCUUACCAUCAAUCACCUGACAUUCCAGCUGGUGGCUGGGACACUGGGCAAAGCAAAAAGAGGAAGAAAACCAAGGAGACCAAGCAAGUCGAAGGAGGGCCCUGUGCACCAGUAGCUCCUGGACCACCCCACUCUCCCUCCCUCCUUUCUCCCCUUCCUUCCCUCUAUCUUUACUCACUCCCUUUUCCCCACCUUCUUUCUUCUCUUCAUCUCCCCCCCACCCUUCCAUUCCUUGCCUUCCUGGGUCUGUGAUUUUGAUGAUAUGAAAGGCCUAUCUGCCUAAAAUGACACCUAUUCCAAAGCUAGCCAUCAUCUCCCAAAGGCUGUACCAGCCUGUUUCUAGAAUUUGUUAUUGAGAGUCACAGAAAGGUUUUUUGUUUUU